UCCCUCGUCAGUAUUCCGUUAGAGGUUGCCUCUCCCUUGCACUAUUUAAAAGCAUUUGGAGAAGUUCCAACGGCAUUUACAGCCACUUGAUUUUAUUUUAUUUGAUGAUUGUCGUUGCGACGACCUGUUUUAUUGUUCGGAUUACGUGAGAACUUGUGCAACCUCUUAGGUCAGGAGUCGUCAGGUUGCAUUUGUCCACAUUGACGGAGAUCUAGGUUUAACACCCAAUUGACGAAUUUGGCCAGGUCGGUUUUUUGGUCCGUAUGCAUCUGAUUUGCGAUAUUGUAUUUGAUUAUAACUAGGUGGAGUUCAAGUUCAGUGAAUUGGGGCCUUAAGAUUUGCAGCUCUUUGCUUUCAAGGAACAAUGGCCUUGAAAGCAAUAACUUUAACGCAUGUAAAAUAUGAGACAGGAGACAAACUGGGCCAUUUCCUGGCAUGGGUUUCCCUUCUCCCUGUAUUUAUCGGCCUUGGUGGCUUUGUGACACAUUUCCUAUUCAGAAGGGAGCUUCAAGUAAUUUUUUUUGCAUUGGGCAUGCUCAUUUCAGAGUUCCUGAAUCAAUUUAUAAAGAAAUCAGUGCAACAGGCUCGGCCAGAGACAUGCCUAGCAUUGGAGAUGUGUGAUUCCCAUGGAUGGCCCUCAAGUCAUUCCCAGUUCAUGAUGUUUUUUGCUGUGUAUCUUGGUCAUCUUGCUUACAGAGGACUCGGUCUUUCAGGAAAAGGAACUAGGCUCACGGUUGGUCUCCUGCCUUGGCCCUUUGCGUUUCUAACUAUGUAUUCGAGAGUCUAUUUGGGUUACCACACGGUAGGGCAGAUCUUUGCAGGAGGGCUUUUGGGGCUCUUUUUGGGUACCAUUUGGUUUUGGUUUGUGAAUUCUGUACUUGUUCACACAUUCCCAGUGCUUGAAAGCACCCCCAUUUGUGAAUUCCUUUGCAUUAAGGACUCUUCCCAUAUACCAGAUGUGCUGUAUUUUGAGUAUCAGAAUGCCAGGGCAGCUAGGAAGGCAAUGAUGGAUGCCAAGAGUGGUAAGAAGGAAGCUACUGAUUGAAGAAUCUAUACAUACACAGGUGCUGUUAUAAUGCUUUAGUUGCCUCACGGUUCCAUUGAAUUAUUUUGGGAUAAUUCAUAGAUAAUAUUUUAUGAGAAACGGCUUUAUAAAGUAAAUAGCUAAUUUUACUACAUGCUGAAAAAUUACAAUUGAAUUCCUCUGGGAAGUAGAUAUUUAUGCGUUUUAUCUACCGUACUCAAAACGAUGUCUUGCUCACUUUUCUUUUAACAGUAUCUCUAUGUACUCAUAACUUCUUGUA